AUGCUUUUGAAGGCAAUAAAUCCAGAAUCACUCUCUACGCCAGGCUGGAAGAUUGAGAGCAGUUACUCAACCAAAGUGCUCACUGGAAAUUGGGUGGAAGAGAGGAGGAAGUUUGCUGGAGUCACUGAGAUACCCCAGUCCAUUUACAGAAGAGAUUACAUCCCCUUCCCAGGCUGCAGGCCGGACCAGGUGUCCAGGUGGUACGGGAAGAAGAAAAUCGAGGGGCUUCCCUACAAACACCUGAUCACCCACCACCAGGAGCCCUCGUACCGCCAUCUGAUCAGCACGUAUGACGACCAUUACAACCGGCAUAACUACAACCCGGGCCUGCCUCCCCUCCGCACCUGGAGCAGGAACAAGUUGCUGUGGUUACCGGAAAAGGCCGACUUCCCCCUUCUUGCACCCCCUACAAAUUACGGACUCUAUGAGCAGCUGAAGCAGAGAUGGCACGCAUCCAGCACUAGCCCCCGGGAGAGCACUUACACUCUGUCCUACCCCAGACCACCGCUAUGGGCCAUGUCCCAGCGGGAGCAUGCGAUCCCGGUUCCUCCCCAUCACCUGCACCCUGUCCCAAGCUUCUGA